AUGGCAGAAAUUCUUAUUUCAUAUGGUGCAAAUAUCGAUGAAAAGGAUAAUGAUGGAGAAACCGCACUUCAUUUUGCAGCAAUAAAUAAUAGUAAAGAAACAGUUGAAAUUCUAAUUUCACAUGGUGCAAAUAUCAAUGCAAAAGAUGAAGUAGGACAAACCGCACUUCAUAUUGCAGCAAUAAAUAAUAGUAAAGAAACUGCUGAAGUUCUUAUUUCAUAUGGCGCAAAUAUCAAUGAAAAAGAUAAUAAUGGAAGAACAGCUCUUCAUUGUGCUGCAAAGAAUAAUAGUAAAGAAACAGCAGAAAUUCUUAUUUCACAUGGUGCAAAUAUCAAUGAAAAAAAUAAUAAUGGAAGAACAGCUCUUCAUUGUGCUGCAAAGAAUAAUAGUAAAGAAACAGCAGAAAUUCUUAUUUCACAUGGUGCAAAUAUCAAUGAAAAAGAUAAUAAUAGAAGAACAGCUCUUCAUCAUGCUGCAGAGAAUAAUAGUACGGAAACAGCAGAAAUUCUUAUUUCGCAUGGUGCAAAUGUCAAUGAAAAAGAUGAAGAUGGAGAAACAGCUCUACAUUGUGCAUUAUUGAAUGAUAAUAAAGAAAUAGCCGAACUUAUAAUUUCACAUGGUGCAAAUAUCAAUGAAAAAGAUAAAGAUGGCGAAACGAUACUUCAUUAUGCAUCAUAUAACAAUAAUAAAGAAAUAGCCGAAUUUCUAAUUUCACAUGGUGCAAAUGUCAAUGAAAAAGAUGAAGAUGGGAAAACCGCUCUUCAUUUUGCGGCAAGUAAUAAUAGUACAGAAACAGCAGAAAUUCUUAUUACACAUGGUGCAAAUAUCGAUGAAAAGGAUAAUAAUGGAGUCACUGCUCUUCAUAACGCAGUAUUAAAUAAUAGUAAAAAAACGACCGAACUUCUAAUUUCAAACGGUGCAAAUAUCAAUGAAAAAAAUAAAGACAGUAUAACUGCCCUUCAUUUUGCAUCAUAUAACAAUAAUAAAGAAAUAGCCGAAUUUCUAAUUUCACAUGGUGCAAAUGUCAAUGAAAAACGUAAUAAUGGAAUAACAGCUCUUCAUUGUGCUGCAGAGAAUGAUAGCAAAGAAACAGCAGAAAUUCUUAUUACACAUGGUGCAAAUAUCAAUGAAAAAGAUGAAGAUGGAAAAACCGCUCUUCAUAGAGCAGCAUGGUAUAAUAGUAAAGAAACAGCAGAAAUUCUUAUUUCACAUGGUGCAAAUAUCAAUGAAAAAGAUAAAGAUGGCGAAACGAUACUUCAUUAUGCAUCAUAUAACAAUAAUAAAGAAAUAGCCGAAUUUCUAAUUUCACAUGGUGCAAAUGUCAAUGAAAAACGUAAUAAUGGAAUAACAGCUCUUCAUUGUGCUGCAGAGAAUGAUAGCAAAGAAACAGUAGAAAUUCUUAUUUCACAUGAUGCAAAUGUCAAUGAAAAAGAUGAAGAUGGAGAGACAGCUCUACAUUGUGCAUUAUUGAAUGAUAAUAAAGAAAUAGCCGAAUUUCUUAUUUCGCAUGGUGCAAAUGUCAAUGCAAAAGAUGAUGAUGGGAAAACCGCUCUUCAUUUUGCGGCAAGUAAUAAUAGUACAGAAACAGCAGAAAUUCUUAUUUCACAUGAUGCAAAUAUCGAUGAAAAGGAUAAUAAUGGAGUCACUGCUCUUCAUGUUGCAUUAUAUUAUAGCAAUAAUGAAAUCACGGAAAUUCUUAUUUUAAGGUGUCUUACAAGGAUAAAAUUUUAA